AUGAUCUUGCACCCACGUACCCCCGCCACUCAUCAAAGGCCGUCCACUUUCGGUUUCUUGUUUGGAAUGGACUUCACUGACGACCGCGGCGGUUACGUCACCGAUCAACGGCCGCAGGUUAACGCUCUGAAUCAUCCACAUACAUUAUUUAUCACUAAAAUGUCAACCAAUAACCAGUGUCAUGAAAGAUGGAGGCUUGAAUUUGGAGUUGUUGAGAUAUUGGAUUACCUCCUAAACUUUAUUGAUAACUCUUUAUAUAUACAAAGUGGCAUCUAUAUAGAAACAAAGUGGCAUUUAAACAUACAAGCUCAGUGCGACCGCGAGGCGCGGACAUUCCAGAGAUACAGGUCCAUGUGUGUGUAA